CCACAUAUCUCUCUCUCUCUCUCUCCCUAUCUCUCUCUCUCUCUCUACGGAGUGACGUCGGUGUUAAGAAGAAGAUGGCGGCGCCAGGAAAGGCGGAAGGUGUAUCGCAGUGUGGACCUCUGUGGUGUGUGAGUUGUGUGUAGUGCCGCUGGUUGGAGUGAGUCGUCUAGUCAUCAUGAACAAUAAGGAGAGAGAGAGCACAAAAGAGUCAGAGAACAGCCGAGGCCAGAUGAAGGUGUUUCUGCCUAACAAGUUGUUGGAGCGUCUCCCUCAAACCACCUCCCUACCCAAGGAGAGACUACGAUGGAACACCAACGAGGAGAUUGCAUCCUACUUGAUCACAUUUGACAGACAUGAAGAGUGGCUAUCCUGCUCGCUCAAGACCAGGCCCCAGAAUGGCAGCAUCUUCCUGUAUAACAGGAAGAAGAUCAAGUACAGGAAGGACGGCUACUGCUGGAAAAAGAGGAAAGAUGGGAAGACCACCAGAGAAGACCACAUGAAGCUCAAAGUACAGGGCAUAGAGUGUCUCUAUGGUUGCUACGUCCAUUCUUCCAUCGUCCCAACAUUCCACAGGAGGUGCUACUGGCUGUUGCAGAACCCAGACAUGGUGCUGGUUCACUACCUGAAUGUUCCGUCGCUGGAGGAUCAUGGGAAGGCGUGCGGCCCGUUGCUAUGUGCCGUUGCCGACCGCCGAGACUCAUUACGCUGGAGCCGAGACGAACUACUGGCCCAGCUCAAGCCUAUGUUCCACAGCAUUAAGUGGUCAUGUGGAGAAGGUUAUGGAUCAUCAGAGUUCUCUAUAGAACAACUGGCUCAACAGAUCCUGGAGUCUCAACAGACCAAACCUCAGCCUCGCACACACACCUGUCUCUGCAGCUCCACACUGGCGUCUCCUGGAGCUAACAUUCCCCACCGCUGUAACAGCACCAAACAUCGCAUUAUCUCCCCCAAACUGCCCGCUACCAGCCCUGCCAUGUCAGCCUCACCCCUGGCUGAGGGGGAGACAGGAGGGGGAGACAUCCCUGCAGGCGGCGAGAAUAAACCUCCCCCACACACACACCCUCCCCCCCCACACACACACCCUCCCCCCUCACACACACACCCUCCCCCCUCACACACACACUCCCAGGUAAAGCUUGGAGGGUCUACCAGCCUGGUAGGGAGACAUGAGGGAGUCUCUUCCUCCCCCUCUCCCCCCUCCUCCUCCUCCUCCUCCUCAUCAUCCCCCCCUCAGGCUCACCGCACAGCAACCAUCGCCGUCAGCAACGGCACCACCAACAGUUUCUAUGGUGACCAGCGGGGCCUGACGACGGUUGCCCUACCGCAGAAUGCGGUGAUCGUCAUGACUACGGCGGGGGUCAUCGGGACGCAGGGUGGAGGAGAGCGGGAGUCGAGUCUGUCUCUUACCCGUUCAGGUCAGCUGGUACUCUCCCCCGUCCCCCCUAAACCAGACACCCCCUCCCCCCCAACCCCACCUGCUCCACCCACCCCCUCCCCCCCCACCCCCGGGGUGGCUACUCUCAGCCUCACCCUCCUGUCCUCACCCGUUAUAGGGGGAAUACUCCUCACUCCAUCCCCCUCUCCAUCCCUCCUGCACCCUCUCCCUCCUGCCGCCCCCUCUCCCUCACCCUGCCAACCUCCUGUCUUCGAUCCAGACUCCUUUCUGAACAGUCCUAAACAGGGUCAGACCUACGGAGGCACUCUCCCCCCCUCCUCACCCUCUCCUCCCCCCUCCUCCUCCUCCCCACAUGCACCCUCCCUCACUCUCUCCCUCUCCCCCACGUCCCCUCCCCCCUGCUCAUCCCCUCCCUCCUCUCUCUCAUCCCUCUCUUCUGAGGCAGAGAGGAAGAAUGAAGAGAGAGUGGUGCUCCAGACCUCUGCCCCUUCUUCCUCCCUCCCUCCAACCCUUUCUCUAUCCCUCUCUCCGUCCCACUCUGCCCCUUCUUCCUCACUCCCUCCAUCCCUUUCUCUAUCCCUCUCUCCGUCCCACUCUAUCCCUUCUUCCUCCCUCCCUUCCUCCCUCCCUCCAUCCCUUUCUCUAUCCCUCUCUCCGUCCCACUCCGCCCCUUCUUCCUCCCUCCCUCCAUCCCUUUCUCUAUCCCUCUCUCCGUCCCACUCCGCCCCCUCUCUCCUGCCUCUGUGUCUGGAAUCAGCGCUGGCCCUCGGCCCUCUGGGGGAGACAGAGGGGGAGAGGGGGGAGGCAGAUGGAGAAAGAGAAAGACAGAGGGAGGAGGGGAGAGAAGAGGGGCACCCGCCCACCAAACUGGCUCUCCUCCAGCGAAGCCAAUCCCCCAAGCCGUCGCCGUCAGGGCAACACCACAGAAAAGCAUCAUCAUCGCUGCUCCUGAUUCGCCACGAAACGCAGCAGACCCCUCCCACUCAGCAGAUGGCGCCCAAUCUGCAGCCUCACAGGCAGGACGGAGAGCAGCCAUUGGUCGUCCUAGAGCCCAAAGAGCUCCAGCAGCACCUCCCCCAACCCAUGACCUCUAUGCACUGUAACCCCAACCCCACCCCGACCCCGACCCCACUGACCCUGACCCAGAACCACCACUCUCAACUCCUCCUGCUGCAACACAGACGUCUUCAGAGUCAGGAGAGAGAGAUGGAGAAAGAGGUGGAAAGAGAGAGGCAGAGGGAGGUGGAAAGGGAGAGGGGGAGGCAGCUCUUACUCCUGCACCAGAGACUCAGCCAGCCGACUCCCUUAGAGUCCCUGUUUGCUAACAUCAACAACGUGGCUAAUGCAAACAUGGCUCUUUCAACUACUGUUAAUAUGGACAGUGCCAAUGCCACUAUGAGUAAUGUUAACAUGACCAAUAUGGCUAAUGGGCGGGUUAGAGUAAAGGAGGAGAGGGGGCGGGGCUACGAGGCAGAGGACACACCCAUGGACACGGGUCAAAGGUCGGAGGUAACGGAUGUCUCGGAGGAGCUAGAGAUAUCGUUCGACAGCCAGUUCCCUGACCUCAUCUCUGAGCUCAUCACAGAGGCCGACGCCCCCAACACACACACACACACACACACCUCGGUCCUCGUCCCAAACCCGGCUCCCACCAGCCUGUUCCCUACGGGGGUACGUUACAUGGUUCCUCCCCAGCCCUCCCCCUCCUCCUCCUUCCUCCCCUUCCCCCCUCUUCCCCCUAACAACGGGACUGAGCUACAACGCCUAGCAACCAUCACAGACUUCUCCCCCGAGUGGUCCUACCCAGAGGGUGGUGUGAAGGUGUUGAUAACAGGUCCCUGGUUGGAGGCUACUGGACGUUACAGCUGCGUGUUUGACCAGAGCACCGUCCCCGCUUCACUUAUUCAGCCUGGAGUACUACGGAGCUACUGCCCUGCCCACGAGGCAGGGUUGGUGUCUCUUCAUAUAGUGGAGGACAGUGGGUCUGUCUCUUCGUCUGUUCUGUUUGAAUACAGAGCUAGAAACGCCUCGUCUCUACCCAGCUCACAGCUGGACUGGCUGUCCCUGGACGAUAACCAGUUCCGUAUGUCCAUCCUGGACAGACUGGAGCAGAUGGAGAGGAGGAUGGCUGAGAUGUCUGCAACCAACCCACACACACAGCCGCCGCCACAAUGCCAGCGGAUCAGCACACUCUCCCCACACACACCUCUGCCCGAGGACAGAAGCCAGUCAGGCCCAUGGUUUGAGAGGAGGAUAGUUGGAGUAUGUGAGAGGAUGAUGGAGGGAGGGAGGUGGAGAGGAGGAGGAGAAGAGCGCCUCGCUCACUCCAUACGCCACAGAGGGAUGACACUGCUCCACCUGGCCGCUGCACAGGGAUACACACACCUCAUCAACACACUCAUCCACUGGAGGAGUGUCAACAGUGACAGUCUGGACGUAGAGCAGGAAGUUGAUCCUCUCACCGUCGAUCAUUUCUCAUGCACUCCUCUGAUGUGGGCGUGUGCUCUGGGACACCAGGCAGCAGCCGAGGUUCUAUAUGGUUGGAACAGCCAGGCGCUCGGAAUUCCCGACUCACUAGGCCGCCUCCCCCUCGCAGUUGCACGCUCUCGCGGACACACAUGCCUCGCCCGCGCGCUGGAGGACCUACACACACACCGCCCCGACACGCACACACCCACAGAGAGGGCCGAGGAGGGGGCUCAGGGGGAGCAGAGGACCACCCCCACUCCACAACUCCCCCCCUCUCCACUGUCCACCAGUCCUGACACAGGUCUGAGUUCGUCCAGUAGUAUUCCCUCCCCCUCUCUCUCCCUCCCCUCCCCCUCUCUCAGCUCAGCCUACUCUAGUGGGUCUGUACCCCUCUACAACCCUCCUGACCCUAUGGAUACCUCCCCCUCCUCCCCCUCUCUCUCCCUGUCCUCCCUCCCCCUCUCCCCUCCCUCCCCCUCUCUCUCCCUCCCUCUGAGCCUGCCGGUAUGGGGCGAGGCCUGUGGAGGUUGUGAAGCUGGGGACUCUAGUUUGAACGCCGGGCCCAGAGACCCUCUCUUCCUCAUGGACUACGAACCGGCCCCUCCCCACUCCCCUCCCGGACCUCCACACUCACACACACCCCCCCGUCGCUCACACACACCCCCCCGUCGCUCACACACACACACCUUCGAGGAGCAGGUGAGCUUCAAUGAGAAUGCAGAGAACGAGGAGGAGUUCCUGCCUGCUGAGGUGCUACAGGUUGACAUGGCAACGUUAGCAGAGCAGAUCAUCGAGGCGACUCCUGAGCGAAUCAAACAAGAGGAAUUGUCCAGGGGGGCGGAGUCACCGCUCAGAGAGAGGCGGGACAACACGGUGAUAUCCGAUACCAUGCCCUGGUUGGCCACUUACCUGGACACUCACACACACUCCUCUCUGUCCAGAUGUGUGUACCCCCCCUCCCACCUCAGUACCCUGGCCCUCCAGAGGCUGCGGCCCCCCAGUAGUGUGGCGUGGGCGGAGUUCCUGAACGCCUCGGCCAAUGGGAGGAUGGAGAGAGACUUUGCUCUGCUGACUCUGACUGACUCUGAGCAGAGAGAACUGUACGAGGCUGCGCGCAUCAUUCAGAACGCCUUCAGACGAUACAAGGGUCGGAGGUUGAAGGAACAGCAGGACAUGGCAGCAGCCGUCAUCCAACGAUGCUACAGGAAGUACAAGCAGCUAACAUGGAUAGCUCUGAAGUAUGCUCUGUAUAAAAGGAUGACUCAGGCAGCGAUACUGAUCCAGUCUAAGUUCCGUAGUUACUAUGAGCAGAAGAAAUUCCAGCAGUCUAGACGGGCUGCGGUUCUGAUCCAACAGUACUACCGCAGCUAUAAGGAGUAUGAACGCCUCAAACAGGGACCCAGAGGGUCCGGAUCACACAAUCCAAAACUGAAGGGUUCCUUCCUGACUAAGAAGCAGGACCAGGCCGCUAGGAAGAUCAUGAGAUUCCUACGACGAUGCCGACACCGGAUUAAAGAGUUGAAACAGACUAAGGAGUUAGAGAGGAGAGGGCUUACCACCUAACUCCUCUUUUACCCCUCCUUCAUCCUGCCAUCCGCCACGGGAGAGAGGGAUGACUGAUGGAGAAGAGAGAGCAGCCUGUCUGCCCUCCUCCCUUUAUUCUCUGUCUCCCUCCCUCCACUGGGGUCGCUCAUCACCCCAUCCAGCUGUAUGCCUCUGUCACUCCUCCUCUCCUCCUGUUCUCCUCGCCUCCUCCUGUACUCCUCCCUUUAUUCUCUGUCUCCCUCCCUCCACUGGGGUCGCUCAUCACCCCAUCCAGCUGUAUGCCUCUGUCACUCCUCCUCUCAUCCUCCUGUCCUCCUCUCCUCCCCCUGUUCUCCUCUCCUCCCCCUGUUCUCCUCAUCUCAUCCUCCUGUUCUCCUCUCCUCCCCCUGUUCUCCUCUCCUCCUCUCA